GCAUCUGUACUUCAAGCCCAUGCUUGACUUGAAAUAAAGGACGCCUGGUGUGAACAUGCCCAUGACGCUCAUUACGUUUGCUUCGGAGCGUUCAUGAUAGGCGUCAUUUAGAUCAAGUCAAGCUAAGCUGCAUUUCUGAAUAUGGGAGUAAACCAGUUGACACUGGUAGAGCAUUCUCAAAACUAUUUUCAUUAAUUUGGAAGGGAAAGGAUGACUAGUACAGGGGAAAAUAAAAGCCAUACUUUGCUGGCAAAUAAAAGCUUCUUGAAAAAUUUUGUGCCGACACCUCAGCACUGGUACGUCAAUAUCACAAAUGUUCAAGUAUUUUAUUGUAUUUAGGUCAUUUUAGAGCAAGUUCUGAAAACCUGCCAGGUCAAGUCCUUGGUUUGUUCUAAAUGCUUACUGACAACCAAUUGACUAGACUCUAGUAGGUACCAUCAAUGUCAAUGGCACUACUACAACAAGCUGGCCAAAGAACUGAGAUGUCAUCACCACCUGUGUUUAUUUCUUUUCUGGCUUUUAUCAUGGUAAGAAUGACCAGCCAUUCCAGAGGCGUAACUGUCUAAUAGGACGGAACUCGGCAAUCCUCUUUAGUGUCUCUCUGAUAUUAUAUGAUAAGGACCAUUGGAGCCACCGUGCACACAAACGAGUUUAGGUAGUGUCACAUUGUGCGAUUCCCUUGUCAAUGCACUGUGGUGGCAUUAUUUGCAAGCUAGUACUACAUACCGCGAUAUAUACGGUCAAACCCAAUUACUGUAAACAAUUUUUCGGACAUGCCUGAUAAUCUGGCCGCCUUCACAGCACCGCCGUAUACCCUAUAAAGCCAACGUACAAGGACAUCUUGAAAUUUCGGACGCUGAAGCCCCUUUUUCGUCUGAUUUUUCAGACUUUUUCAUGACCGCAGGUUCAAAACAAUUUAAAUUAUUUGAAGACAACACUGCUGACAUUUUGAUUAUCUUGCAGCCUCGAACCGGCGCCCUCGCAUGCCAAUCUGCGGCCAGCCAUAGCCACCGCGUGCUCUCCGACGCCAGACCUAGCUACUUCUGACGUUUGCUACCAAGCUUUCCUGCUGUUUGGUGUUGUGUGUUUCAUUGAAAGCGCUCAUCGCUGUCAGAAAUAACGCCGUCUCUGCCUUCGCGGAAAGCAUGUCACACGUAAUGCAGGUCCUCAAAAGUCAGCUUUGCCGCAAUACAGCAGUGUUAAGUGGUCAAGCAUGUGCAAUGUAUUGAGGUGAAGCAUACGAAGAGUGGAAAGGGGCCACUGUUGCGAAAUAUAAACUGCAUUUACAUGAAUGCGACAGAAGUGUGUCAACUUUCAAGCGUAUUGCAUGAACUGAUAGUUUACUAGGAAGGCACAGUGCAUCAAAUGCGCCAGAAGGGCAGUUUGAGAUGGAAAAUGCGAAUUUCAGCAUUGCAUGUAAACAGAAUUUAUUGUUUCAGAAAUUAUGGGAAUGUACUUGCUGCUACCAGCAACCAGCGGCAGCUGGUGGCUGCCCCACUGCUUGACAUCAAAACAAAACUGGUGACUGGCAGAGCAGGCCACAAGCUAUUCAUUUUCACUCAAGUACAUUAAGUGGGUGAAAACAAUGUCUUUGUGAAUCUUAAAUAGAAUUAGCAUCAGCGAAUUACUUGAUUCGUAGGAGUAACAUAGCUGGGCCAACUUUGAGGAGAUAGAAGCCGAGAUAGCAGCGCUUGGCUAUCACUGGGCAAGAAAACACUGCAGACUUGCUAGGAAAUUUUAAUAUCCUGAUACAAUAUGGCAUGUUUCCACAAGAUAAACAUCCUGAGGUCAUGAGAUCGCAUCCCAGCCAUGGCGGCUGCAUUUCGAUGGGGGAGAAAUGCAAGAACACCCUUGCAAUGUGCAUUGGGUGCACGUUAUAGAACCCCAGUUGGUCAAAAUUAAACUGGGAGUCCCCCCACUACGGCGUGCCUCAUGAUCAUAUUGUGGUCCUGGCAAGUAAAACCAGAUUUUAGUUACUUUAAAAUUAUCGUAGCAUAAGUUUGUCCAUGCAGACAAAUGAAGAAAAACCCAACACCAUGCAGGCACUUUUGCUGCAUUUCACAACGCGAAGCAAAAGCAGGCUUUUGGCAGUGAUAGCACUAACUUUUACAUAUAACACAAGGCGGUGUGAGCUUGCUGUACAGGAAAAUAUGCAUUCAUGUGAACAGUGGCAUGAACAUGGAAACAAACAUCUAAACAUUUCAAUUAGACAGAAAAAAAGUAGUCAAGCCACUUAUAGCAUUACCAGUUUAACAAUACUUUGAUGUAACAAUGAGCUGUCCUGGCACUGUCAACUUCUGUGUGCUCUAUAGUAAAAUAAACUGCUUACUACAAUGUUCCCAUGCGGCAUUACUGGCUAUAAGAAUUAAAUCUAGCCACUGGGCAUUAGUUGCGCUGAAAGGAAAGAGAAUGCAAAAAAGCGAGCCACCGCAUGCUAUCAUUACCACCUGCCAUUGUGCUACACACCCCGCUCAGCAUGCCUUGAUUGCAUCGCCCUACGCAUCACCACCAGCCACGUGCACCUUUUUCAUCUCCCCCCUUCCACCCCUCCGACGUCAGCGCAGUCAAUUCGUGCAUUGCAAGGGUGGAAAAAAGACGGGAGUGGGGGUGCGUUAGGCCGGCGAUGCGUAGGGCUAUGCAUGGCACAAAGGUGGGUGUGGCACAGGUGUGCGCCACCGGAGGCGCGCUUUCUUUUACAAGGAUUUAGUGUUCAGAUUUAAUUUUUAUAAACGAUAGCACGGCAUGCCAGCAUUGUGGUAGGUGGUUUACUUCACCAUAAAAAACAUACAGUAGACCCCUUCCGUGAAUUUGAACACGGUUAAUUCAGCCCCAGUUGAAGGUCCCAGGCAGUGCCCAUGUAUUCCUGUGGGCCCAAAGUUUCGUUUUUUCGAUCCUAAAAUUAGCCUUUGCCGGUUAAUUCGAGCUUGACCAGUCAGCACGCACGUGCCUGACCUCUAUUCAUGACUCCCAAGUUAUCGCUUGCCACGUAGUCGCCGUGUUGUGAAGCAGACGAUCCAGGUUCAGGCUUGAAGUGAAAGAGGUUCUCGUAUCACAGCAAGCCCUGAAUACCUCGUAGUUCUCAAACUGUCAUAGUGCCGUGGUGCCCGUAAAAGAAAAAGAAGACUUUUGCUGUGUACCAUUAUGCAUGUCAUCGGGAUCGAAAGACAGCGAUGUAUCGUUUCUUGAAAGGAGCAGACUGCAUGCAUCGGAGAUCGACAUGUGCAAGAAACAUGUGCAUUGGGCAAAGGUGACAUACUAUGCUGGUUUAUUGGAAACAUUUUAUUCGGGACUUAUUUCUUCCCGGCGAGUAGAUGAUUGCUUUCUUUUUAUUUAUUUAAAUAUCAUGCAGGCAUUUCAAAUCACGUAGUUUACUUUCGUUUAGGCAGGCGCUUUAAUAAAAUAUAGUGAUGUACACUUAAGCUUUAUUUGGUUUCGUUAGCUUAGUUUUCGGCCAAGCAUUAGUGUUACCAAUGCUUUAAGCAGCAGGAAUAUUCUCACUAAUCUACUAUUGUCCGCAGGCACAGUAGCAGGAACGAUAACUAGCUCCGCAAGACUGAAGUUGAUUAUAACACAUGUUUUGUGCCACGAGGCAACAUGUCGUUUUGAUAGCAUGCUUUAGUUUAGCGGUGUAAGCAGAAAAUGCUGUUUUCGCACUCAACGCGGUGAGUUGUUUAUUUGCUCGCAAAAAAUUCAUUUUUCAGUUACUUCACAACUAUUAUAAAAUUGACACAUCAUUGUAUAUUCGUCCAUCAGGAUCCCGCGUAACCCGACACAAACAUUCACACACACUGACAGAGUACCCUUAACACAAUGACACUUUUAAGUACUCUUUUUUUCCCACUUGCUAUCAGGGAAUGGAAUUGUUUAUAUCCCUCGGUUACUAAUGCGAACUCAGUAUGGGACUUUGCCUCAAAAAUAGCAAAUAUCAUCUGUUAAUGCAGUAGCACUCUCAGCCCCAGAGGCAUUUCGCCAUCAUUAGAAGCAUUUUAGUGGCCAAGUGCUCGCUAAAUUUCGGAAACCUGUUGGAAGAAAUGCAACUUGGUCCAAUUGGUUAUUCACUUUUUCACGUUUCACCAACGUCUGCUGUGUUCCCAAGCCCAGGCUCUAUCUCAAAUACUGCGUACUGCUGCGAGCACUAACAAACGGCGGUCAUCAGACACUGGGAAUCCUGAGGUCCCAUGACCGUCGCACGCGUGGCGAACAUAGCGCACACAUGAAAGCAGGUUGGGGAGAGGGGUACUUUCCUCUUGCAGGCAUCGCACAGGAAUCACAAAUGCUAUCAGUGCCACCAGGCGUGCGAGAUCCCUUUGACAUCCGCCGAGUCUCUUUGGCCACCAGCAAGCGGCGACUGUGGAAGUCUCCCGCACGUGAUUAGCCAACCACGUUUCUGCCAAGGCGGCCCCCGUAUCCCUAGCUGGUAAUUUGGAAGCCCUUCAUCACCUAGCGUAUUAUUCUCUUCCAGGGAACCCUCAGUGAUGUCAACUAUAGCUAGCUGGCCUGCUCGAAAUGUUAGUUGCAGUCGUAAUAAAUGCUUUCCGAGUGUACAUGUGGUUGUCUAUUGUUGCCUUGAGCUUGUCCCAGGACGCGUUUGGAAGGCAGGCGUGUGCCAACCACGGGGCUCAGUGGGCCGAGGCAUAGCGCCAUUGGCCCUCAUCUCCCUUAUGACCUUAUCACACGGAUCAGCUAAAAAAAAAAGAAAGGUGCACCCCGACUCACAAACGGAGCUCCCAUUUUUUAUCAUCGGACACACUGACCACGUAAUUUAGUUUUUAGCUGCGUUCGAUCAGUGCAUAAAAUGCGUAUUUAGCUCAUGAAAGCACGGCAGACGUUACCUGCUAAUAUACAGUAAAACUCCGGUGAUACGAUCCCGGCGUGAUACGAAUUCUUAACAUUCGCCAACCGAAAUACAUUGCUCACAAUACGAAAAAAAAUUGGCUGUUCCGAACGUGUUGCCGCGCCGCUGCGGAUCAUACGAUUGUUUGAGCGACAGCAAUAGUGACCAAGCCAGCGGAGCAACUGGCACAGACAAGCCGGCAAAGUGGGAUCCAUAAUCCCAAGCAACCGGCUAUGUCACGUGGCUUCGCAAUCUCUCAUUGGUCCCCACGUCGAGUGGACCGGACCACAUCACAGCCUAGUCAAUGCUUAGUGAGAAAGUAGACGAGGACCGCUGCAUCGACGAUGACCGCGGUGCAGCCCAGAAGGCCACAACGCUCCUUGCACUCGACGUGCUCAGGCGUUCAGUGGCGCGCAAAAACAAUAAUGAGAUCACGUGCGCACACUUAUACACGUUUCAGAAGGAGAUCAUUGACGAUUUGUACAAGAAAAUGUACACAACCGGUCAGUAGAAUCCGGUUAAUACGUUUUUCAAGGGAACCUGAUAAAAAAAAAAAAAAAAGUCGCAGUUUUGCCUGAAAGGUGAAGUAACGAUUGCGAUAGCAAAUUAGGCAGCUGUACGAAGAAUAGUAGUAGUACUGGCCGUAUAAACUUAUAAACAUUCGCUUAGCACGAUAUCACGCGCGCACAGAUAAACAUUAACACAUCUCGCUCGAUGACUGCGGACACUCGCUAUCCAAACGCUGGCGUGAGGAAGCGUAGCAGCAGCGAGCGAAUUGACCUUUGCACUGUCUCUCACUUCAACGAGAACUAAACAUCGGAGGCACAGCGCAUACGAAGCUACAGACACUAGGCGCACUUUGUCAACAUCAGAUAGUUUUGACGAUGAGGUCCGCAUAGGCCCACAUUUUGCGCACCUCGCAGAUCGCUUUCAAGAUACGGCACCCGCGCGGCUGUGUCUUAUCUGCAACGUGCCGGUCGCUUGUUGCAACGUACCAGGUGGCUACACCACUAAAUUUACGUGACCGCCACAUUUAAACGCAAAUUAAGAUGCAGGAACAUUACAGAUUGGCGACGUAUCCCGGGAACCUUAAUGCAUGGAAGUCAAUGGGAUUAGGUCGGGACCGCAAAAACGUAACGUAGCAGCCGGGAAAACGCAGCAGCGAGGAAGAUAUCUAUGGGGUUUCACUAUUGAAAAUCUUUUCUGGUAAAAAUCAAUUCAUAUGUUUUUCUUGAUAUUGUGUACGUUUUGAUAUGAAUUUCGGGUGAUAUGGGUAUUUCACGCGACCCCGCGAGAUUCGUAUCACCGAGAUUUUACUGUACAUUGGUGGAUGCUAUGCGACAUACUGCAACACGAGAUGCAGUGUGGAGUUGCUUAUAUCAAUUGAAAACAGUCAAGUAUCGCACCUGCAGCAGUAGAGCAAUGCAUUGAACAAUUGCUUGCUCCUUUCGGGGAGGCCUGCUACGCACAAACACUUCCGUUCUUUAACCUCCUGCUUGCUUGAAAAAUUUUUCACAAAAAUCUGAUGCGGCUUGCUGGGCGGGCCAGACGUUUGCAUGCACAGUGCAACUAUUUCUGCGGUUUCGUUGCCGACAUGCUUGAAACUGAUCAAAGUGAUGCGAUUGGCAGCAAGGACCUGCAGGCAGCCAGUAGAUGCCGGUUGUCUACCUUUUAUUGUGAGCGACGGCAUGCCGAAGCAGUUCAGGAUGUUAAGGUGUUGUGCUCGGCACUGGGAAGGGCAGGUCCAUGGCUACGUCUAGCAGGAGGACAUACUCCAGAACCUCAUACUUGAAGGGCUGUAUGGCGACUAAGUUCUUGGCCAUGGCAACCUCCAGCUUGACGAACCAGCCGACGACAGCACCAGGCUAGAACCAGGGAAGUGACAGGUUGAACCGUGGGGUGGUCAGCCUGCCAUCGCGUUGUCAGCAAGGCGGCGAAUCAAGUCACCAAUUGUAGGUGGCCAUCUACCUUUUAUUGUGAGUGGCGGCGAUUUAACAGCAGCGGCUGGCCAACGGAGCAGCAUGUCGUUCGAGCUCGGUAGCCUGGAGCGUUCUUGUCUGAUCGUCCCCUUCUUUGGUGGUCGUCGCAAGCAUCCACUACAGACCCUUUCGGCUUCGACCAAACACCUCGAUUUGAUGCCACAUACGAGAAACUGGAGCACAACACCAAGCGAAAGAGCCGCCAUUACCCUGGAUGUCGACACCAUCUUUGUUUACAUGGACAGUGUUGCCAGCACAAGUGACGGAUUCUGGAGUUGCCAACAGUUACCCCGAUAGCUAGUGACCCCUUUAUUGGCAGAGUCUGUCUACUGUCUAGGUGGAGCUUACAGGACAGUGAAUGCGUUGAACAUACAUCAUCUCCCGAUGAAAACGCCUUCUCGGCCUCCCUAAGAUUUUUUUAAAGCAAUAACUAGCUCACAAUGUACAAUUUUGUUUUUCUUGUUCAAGAAAAUUGGGCCAAAAAUUGCCUGUGCAGUGCAAUCGGACACGAUACUAAUACCACCUUCACAGCGUAUGUAUUGCGGCAAAGCUGACUUUAGAACCUGGCUACCAUUGUGUGAUACAGACUUUUAUACUCUUUUUUUUUUAAUCUUCGCAGCACCAGCAAUGGCCCCGUAGACUUAAUGUGUAAACACGACUGAUAUUUCUGACAGCCACCAGCUCUACAUUCGAUUAUCUGGACUCCAUCCGCGACUGUAGCGUAUGCAGAUUCUGCCACCAUUAACUGCUCUGGCAACCUCAAUGAAACAUGAAGUAUGGCCUCAGAGAUUGCACAUAAAACGGUAAUCCCUGAGUCAUUGCCUCGGUCACAGGACUAUGCCUCAGAUUAAAUUACAAAUGCUGAUCUUGGAGGCUUUGCCUGAAUUGUCAGGUCGUAUCAACAUCGCGAUCAUCACAUCCUAUUCUGGCAUCCCAGCGCAUGGCCCGCUCUCGCCAUUCUGUUAGUUUAGUUGGCAUUUCAGACAGCGCUCAGCUGUCUCUAAGAAGUCUUUCUCAUGAAGUUAUCGACAGUCCGCGUCAAAUGGCACAAACGGUCCCCUCGAAGUCUGACUCAGAAUAAGUCUUGAGUCGCAGCCCGAAUGACCCCGACUCCGCAACUGAAGAGCCUAAACUGCCGCCUACCAUAACGAGCUCAAAUGCGGACAUCAUUGAUGACCUGCUAGGCUGCGGUUUACCGAUUGCUGCCACCGUUACAUUUCAAGACUUUGCAGACGUCGACAGCUUGGUGUUGUGUGCCGAAGUGAACGAUGACGAAAUAAUUGAGCAAGUUCUUCCAACUUGAAACAGCGACUCUAACUCGGAUGAUGAUGUGCCGUGAGGAUCUGACUCUAGACUUUGCAAUCCUUGCAUCAGCGUACAGCGACAACAGAAAACCGGCAGAAAUAUAGGCAUACUUGGUUGCACGUAAGUGGAAGAGUGUGCAGCAACGAAUGGACCACUUCUUCCUUACACAGGGGCAUUAAAAUGUAAAUAAAAUUAUCUUUUUUGGGCACAUUAGUUUUAUUGGACAUUCAAUAGUUCGGACUUAUUUACGUUCCCCGUGAAGUCCGAAUGAUCGGUCGUUGACUGUAGCAAAAAAAUGUUCAAUAUUCAGCAAAAGCAACCAGAAAUGGCACAUGCUGGAUGGGCGAGUGCAUUUUGGCCAGCGACUUGCUUGGUCUGCAGUGGGCAAGCCAGCAAGCCUAUCUCGUGCGAUCACACCAAUCACCACGCUGCAUAUAAAUGACUGUAAACAGCGUGUUUGUACUUUAUAAGUGUAGUGCUUGUACAUUUACUCAUGCACUGGACCCUAUUUAAUAUUUUAACUUUCUCCAGAAAUCCCACACCAAUGAUUUUCGACAGCCGAUGGGAGGCAAAAUACAUCUGACACACAGCUUUAUGCUGUUAGUUUUCAUUGGUAGGUCAUGAAGACAAUAUCGUACAUGUAGUUGCUGCUCAAAGCUACACAGAGGUCUCAGCUGUGUGCAAUAUAAAUUAAACACCUUUACAACUGAUAUUAGGUGCAAUGUUCAAUACUGUACAGUAGAGUUACUGUAUCGGAGCAUACACAGCAACUCUAUGCACAACAGCACUGGUGGUGCAAUCUCGUGACAGACAUGAACUACAGCAUGCAGAAACGUAAUUGCAAUGAUCAUGUGCUACCUCUCUGCUAGUAUAAAGGCAUCGGCAUCAACAAUCAUUAGCAUGUACCCCGUCUUCUUUUUUCCCCAUCUGAGUGAUGUGAUUGACUGAGGCCAUUUUGUAGCAGCUUCUUGGAGCAUCUAAAAGUGUGCUUUGGGGUAGAAAAGCAACCUUUUGGAGCAUCUCAAUGCUUAUUCCAAAUGGAAAAAUUGCCUUGGAGAGAAGCAAGAGAGCUUACAGAAGGAGGAAGCCCAAUUUAACGGGAAACAAGCACAUUUUUACUAAGAAUCAUUUAGCUCAACAUAAAGUUGUGGUGCUUAUACAUGCGAAUCCCAUGCAUGACGACGAAGUAAUGACGGUGGUGUGAUGACAAUGGCAUCAUGGCAAUGGCACGGCCGCUGGAUAAAAAACAGGUGCGGCCUGCUGCGUCGCGUCGCUGUCAAUGGGCGAGCGCGUCUCGGCAAAGUUGACAGUUGCGGCCGCUGUUUUUGGUGAGGGCGCCACUGCUACGGUACACAAGGCAGACGCCAGUUCGUGCUACAAUUUGGUUGCCGCAGGAUUUAUCCGUGUUGGUGUGCGUGUGAGCAGCUUGGCUUAGGCUUUCUGUACUUGACUACGGUUCUUUGAAGUGCGCAUGUGUGGCAGACGGUUUUUACUAGCAGUGUGAUGCUGCGAAGCUGUUGCGUGCCGCUGUACAACCCGAACGCGAGAAGGACGCUACUGCUCCGAAACGCAAGGCAGACGCCAGUUCGUGCUACAGUGUGGUUGCCGCAGGAUUUAUCCGUGUUGGUGUGCUUUUUCGUGCACAUUCUCGUGUGUUUUCUUGUGUGAUCGUGUGUGUGAGCAGCUUGCCUUAGGUUUUCUGUGCUUGAGUACGGUUCUUUGGAGUGCGCUUGUGUGGCAGACGGUUUUUACUAGCGGUGUGAUGCCGCGAAGCUGUUGUGUGCUGCUGUGCAACUCGAACGCGAGAAGAGACGCUACUGUGAAGUACCACGAAUUCCCCUGCGAUCUACAGCGUCGGGAAGCCUGGCUGAAGAAUAUUUCUCGCCAAGGGUUGUCAGGGAGAAGAAGCAAGUGGGAGCCAAGCGACAGGUCGCUGGUGUGUUCAUUACAUUUUACUGAGGAUGACUAUAAAAAGAACACGAACAUUAGGCUUUUGCUUCCGACAGCGGUCCCAACUGUGUUUCCCGGGUUUCCGCAGUACAUGCAAAAAACGAACGUGCAGCCCAGGAAACGCCAGCAAAUGAAUCCAGCUGAUGACGCAAUAGUUGGGGCAGGUGAUCGUGAAAGCUCAGGACCAAAGGUCCCUCGCACCCUGUGAAAGACGAGAUCGAAGCACUCGUUCCACAGUCUGCCUCAGAAUCGUGCACAGAACGUAGCUGUCCUGUAGAUCAGGCCAGCCAAACCACAUUAGAUCUUGCGCAUGUCUUGGCAGAGUCAAAGAAAGCAGUGAACAGAUUAAAAAAGAAAGUUGCUCGUCAAGGAGAACAGCUGAAAAAAUUGCAGGCCGACCGAGAUGAAAUGCAGGAACGCCUUUUAAGUUAUGAAAGCAACAAAGACAUUCAGGCCUUUGUUCAUGCAUUACAAAAAUCGCAAGAAGGAGACAAAGCUGCCGUUUUUAUCAGCAACCAAGUGGCCAGUUUAGGCAAGAAAAAGCCCGUCUACGAUGACGUAAUCCUGCGGGAAUGCGUUAUAUGGAAAGCCUGUUCAAACAAAGGGUACGCGCAUGUUAGAAGCAGAGGCCUUUUGAAGCUCUCAUGUCGUGCUACGCUUCAAGAGUAUGUAGGACACUCGUCCGGCGAAGUCGGUGUGACCUCACCGAUAAGGGAGCGGCUGCGUGUGGAGCGUGAAGGGCUAUCCGCCGAACAAGUUUACUGCUCACUCAUUAUAGAUGAGAUGGCCAUUGCGCAGAAAGUUAUUUAUGACAAACAAGUGGACAGGAUAUUUGGUCCUGUGGACAUGAGUCGCGAGGAAAAGUCAAGUGCAGUUCCUGAAGUAGCAAACCGCUUGUUAUGCUUCGUCCUGCGAGGACAGUCAACAGGCUAUGUCAUACCGGUGGGCUAUUUUUUCACAAGAACGACAAGCUUUCUGCAAUGACACUGGAAGUCAUGAAAGCAGCCGAAGAUGUCGGUUUUCGUGUUGUGAGAAUCUUAACUGACAAUCGUCAAACAAACGUUGCUCUCUUCAAGCGUCUCUCAGAAGAUGGCACCCUUGUUCAUGUCGUAACCCACCCCCAGCGAAAAGGUCACCCACUGUUCUUGCCUUUCGACCCCAAUCACCUCAUAAAGAACCUACGCACGAAUUUUCUUGAGCGAGAGAUGACGGACGGCGAUGGGCUCAUUCAGGGUGGUUUCUACAUGAAGUAACUUUUUGAAAUUCAGUCGCAGUUGCUGGUGAAGCCGGUCAGAUUUCUUACCCAUGCACACAUUCAACCAAACAACUUAGAGAAAAUGAGUGUGCCAGGGCGAGAAAUAUUUUCUCUCCUAACAAUAGCUACGCUUGAAUUUCUUCAGGAAAACCGCGAAUGUCAUCCUGAUGCAAGCCAAUUCAGAAACAGCACUGCAACUAUCAGUUUCAUGAUGAUGAUCGCAAAAUGGUAUGCCCUUCAUGAUAUCGGGGCAGUGAAGGCAGGCGGUGGGGAACCAUUUUACACGACAGACGAUGAAAAGCUAUCCUGGCUGGAACUAGAUUUCGUCUGCUACCUUGAAGACAUCUAUAUGCAAGGCGGCUGGUCAAUGCGAAUGACGAAAGAGACGUAUGAAGCGACACUCCUCACUACACGAUCAACAGUGGCACUGAUUGAAUACCUUCUUGACCAUAUCAAAAGCCGCUAUGUCUUGACACGUGGCCUGAACAGCGACCCCAUAGAGUCACUGUUUAGCUGCCUCCGGCAGUUUAACGGCGGCAACGAUAGAAGGGAUGCCAGGACUGCAGUGUUCACUGUGGAGAAGCUGCUCAAGGUUGGCAUUCUUCAAGCAGCUAGGGAUGGAAACGCGCCGCUUUCUUCCGAAAUGGAGGCACCCGGGCGGUUGUCUGUUUCAGAUGCAAACACAUGCACCCUACCAGCUGCUGUUGAGAGUGCUACCACAGAGCUUUCCAGUGAGCUCGCAUAUCUGACGCUGCGGUCUCAAUCAGAAGCAGAUCUUGAGCUAGCGCCAGUAGCUUUUCUUGCUGGAUACGUUGCGAGAGCAUGUGAGAAAAAGGUGCCAUGCAAGCCGUGGAUUGCCCUGCUGCAGACAUCAGAAGCAACAGGACCACUCCACGGUCUCAUCAAAAAGAUGGACAAUGGAGGCUUGACGUACCUACGAAUGCAAGUGGUCGGGCUUUGCAAGCUCACCUGCACCUUUGUUCAGCGCGUCAUGAAGGCAGAUGAUGUCAGAAAAAGCAGCAAAUUGUGCCACCUCCUGACGUCAGCCUUGCUUCCACAUCUCACUCACUGUGGACAAUUCAUAUGUGAAAGAAACGACCACGCUCACACUGAGGAGCUUUUCAAAGUAUUCUUAAAAAGUUGCUGAGGCCUCUUAUAGCGAAUUGGGCUGGGAUUGCAAAUGCAACUGUAGAGCGAGUUUUGACGCUGUCGCAUAAACCUCUGUCAAGGAAGGUUUUCCGCCUAUGAAUAAGCUCUGCGUUAUGUACAAUAAAGUUGUAGUAAAUGUGUUAUGAAUCAUUUCGCACUUCUGUCGCCUACCCAUACAGUUAUAAAAUUUCCACACGCUCACGUACAUUCAUGUGUGGUUUCGAAUUCGUGACUUAAUAACGUCAGACACGUAGCCAGCACUUUUUUCUUGGGGGAAGGAGGGUGCACGAGAGGGUAACAAGACGAGUUUCAUGCCAAGCGCGGAGGCGAGUGGAGCUAUUGGGAGAGACAUACCCAUCAGAAACACGGGCAAGAUCCAAGAUGAGCAGAGCAUAAAAAAAACCCUCCUCAGUGCCUGCAUCACUUACUGCUUCGUCUUGAUGAAACACGUAAAUCCACUCCCGAUUAUUCAUAAUAGAGCACUUUUUAUUUCAGGUGAGUCGAGCGGGCAGCCUUCAUGGAGAGCAUUGAGACCCACUCUACAAAAGAUUGGCACUCCCAUGGCACACUUUUUGCAUAUGUGAAGCACUCAGCCCUUCUAAUAACGACUUCAAUAUUCAACCUGUAAUGUGCAACUAUAAAACGCGUUAUUUACGGCCUCAUUAGAGUCACUGUCGCACGUACCAACGCGGCUGUGGAAGCGCUUCUCCGUGAACGGCUGUACCCGAGCAGUGGCGCCAGAGCGGGCGCGAGGAGAACUAGGCCCGAGACGCGGUUUCGGUGCGACGCAACGGGCCGCACCUGUUUUUUAUCCAGCGGCCGUGGCAAUGGAAUAACAACUGUAUGAAGACGAUGGUGUGACGAAAAUUAAAUGAAGCUGGGAUGACGAUAAUACAACCGCUACCGCAUCACGAUGAUAGUAUGACCACAAACCACUCUAAUCUCUGCUUUUAGCUUUCCAGUUUGCAGGAGGCCGAGCGAUAAAAUGGCGGGAGCUGUAGAAGUGCACAUGGAGAUGGGAAUUUAGGGAACUUGACUAUGGAAGAGUUUUAGGAGUAUGCAAUGCGCGCUUGCUAAGCUACACCAGCAGAAAACAGCAAAAUGGUAGCAGUGAGGAAGAGAAACAAGCUCAGUAGCAUGUGCGACGAGUUGCCCCCGUUUAGCAAAAUUUUCAGCUGUCAUGUACCUACUUGACAAAACCACAGGAAAGUCACACCGCAAAAAGGCUUUGCUUUAAGAAAGUUGUGUAAGCGCCGUUUCAGCAAUGGCACGAGCCAGCACAUUCUAAGUACGUAGCAGCCCAACUCCUGCACCCAUGUUUACUUCCUCCAUGUGCACACAUGAUGAGUGCAUGUGAUAAAUGAUGUCGCUUGUUAGAUAAGUCUGCUUUUUAAAGUAGCAGAAAACACCUUUCGGAGCAGCUUUGGAACACAUUAUUGAAAAUGUAGCAGGAUUUGCCUUUUGGAGUUGUUUGGAGCAAUUGGAGCAGCAAUCACAUUACUGCCAUCUGUAACAUGACGCAACACACAGGUUCAUGUGUUGUGGUUAUUUCAUGUAAGAGUAUGUCACGGAUGUCGUUACAUUAGUGGAGUGCGGGUAGCGACAUCUGGCAGAAAUCGCAGCUGCCGGUUGUUGUGGGAAAGCCACAAUAAGAAGACAGCUUCCACUGUUGCUGAAAGUAAGCUGAAUUUUUAUUGGAAGCAGCGUAAGUCCUUGCUCGGCAAGUGAAAUGCCAUAGGGUAUACCUUUUAUCUGCUUUUAUUUUGAAUUAGUAAGUUGGGUAACUUUCGGUUGCUAGUGUUUUGUUUUUGCAUUCACCUCGGGACCAUACAAGGAAUGCGUUGUGGUGCAACACUUCACGGUGACAAUAAUGUUGCAGGCCCCUCAGAAGUUUUUUUUUCUUAACUUUUUUUUUACACUUAGCACAGUGUACAUGAAAUUGUAGAAUGAGCCAAAAUCCGUAAACUUUAUCGAAAACUAUAUAAGCUGUAUUAAACUAAACUGUGUCAUUAACUGCUUUGUGGAGUAGAUGACAUCAAAUCAGUUUGUCUUAGCUUGUGUUACCAUACGUGAACCAAGGAACAUUGAACAAAUGAAUCAACUAGAUCAGCCUAUUUCCUAGAUCAUAGCUCGUUUACAAUGAAAAGUUUAUAAAGUUUGUAUUUAUCACAAAACAUCACAUGGGGCUGUGAACUAGUCAAGCUGUUCUGACAAACAGCUUUUUGUCACAGUCCUUCUUUCUAUAUCUUUUACAGAGUGAAAAACUUGAUUGAUUUCCUGACUAACGGCUAAGUCAACCUUCAUAUGCAUUAUAAAGUGGGCAUUACGACUAGUAAAACCAAUUCCUUAUUUCAUUCAUUCCACUUGCACCUUAUGGUCAGAACCACCAUCCCUUUAACAGUUUUAAUAAUUAAGGAUGUUUUACUGUUUCAUUCUGCCACUCGUAAUUCAAUAGGCGAAUUAACUGGUGUUCUUUUCUUUAUGUUUAAGGUAGACCUUAAUACGUACAUGUUUGAUAUGUCAUUCAUUUUUUUUACACUGCUGUAUGACAAAUUUCACUGGUUGUUAACCCACUCCCCUCUGUUAUGUACAGACAAAUUUAAUUCUGCCCUGCACAUCCUGGUACUGUGCUAAUUGAUAUGCAGCACUAGACAGCUCGUGGCUCAAUCCAGAAGGCAAUGCUUUUCUCUACGAGGCCGAUCAAACCAAAGCUGUGCUAUUUUAUUAACUGCAAUUUAAACUAUAAACUUGAGAAGAUCACAAGCAAACCAUUAUAACCAAUGCAUCCAGACAUCACUCUAUUAAGAACAGCAAAUCUGAUAAAAAUUAAGAAAAAUGUGCAAACCAUUAAUGGAGUUUCUGAUGCAGAUGUAAACAGUGUUCCUUUAAACUUAUGCCAAUAAAACACUUCUAGGAACAAUGCAGUGUAAUCUAACAUUGUUAAGCAUGCACUCAAAGAAUCCAGACAAAAUCAGAAGAUCAACCUUUCUUUUCACACUCGGCGUUUUAUUGCAAAAUAAUACUCACAUCUUUUGAGAGCUUCCAGAAAAACAAGUUCAUGACACACUGCGUCAGUACAUUUUCUCAUCUGCAUUAAAUCAUAGAAGUCACAAGAAAG